CUGGGGAUACUUUGAACACGGGGGAAACUUUGAACACUUUUUCAGAAAUUGAUAUUGACGUCUAUAGAAAGUUUUCCUGUCUAAUUUCACAGGUAAAACUUAUGUUGGUAUGUUUUUUGUACUAUAUUUAAGCGUUUUGGUGCAACUGGCCUACAGAGGUUUUACUCAUAUCUCUUUGGUGGAUAUUCAAAAUGGUUGCUAAUUUUCACUAAAAUUAUUAUCUGGGACAACUUUAAUCUCUAAAAAGAUAAUGCCAAGAAAACAUUUUCGUAGGAUAGAUGCACGUGCAUACCAGAAUUAUACCACACAAAAUCUGGAUCAAGCUCUGAAAAAUGUGUUGCAAGGGAAAAUGACAUUAAGAAAAGCUAGUAAGCAAUUUUCUAUUCCAUUGGGAACCCUAAGCCAUAAGUUAAGAAAUAAACGCACAAAUAGCAUUGGACGACCAUUAGUAUUUUCUGCCGAUGAAGAAAAUAGUUUUGUUGACCACUUGAUAAAGGUUGCUGAAUGGGGAUUUCCGUUCAACACAUUAGACCUGAGAAUGAUGGCUAGUGCAUAUUUAAACAUUAGAGGCCGCACAGUACCCUGUUUUAAGAAUAACAUUCCGAGUAGUGAUUGGGCCUUAGCCUUUCUGAACAGGCACAGAGCCAAAAUAUCCAGACGUAUGGGUCGAAACAUCAGCAUAAGUAGGGCUUCCUUAUCUGCUGAAACAGUAAAGCAGUACUUUGACAAUCUGACUGCUACACUGUUAAAUGAUGAUGGUACUGAAGUCUCGCCAACAACCAUAUUCAACUAUGACGAGACUAAUUUGUCUGAUGACCCUGGCCAAAAGAAAUGCAUUUUUAAGAGAGGGGUCAAAUAUACAGAUAGAGUUCGAAGCAGUACCAAAAGCUCAAUAUCCAUUAUGUUCUGUGGUUCAGCAUGUGGUUCUAUGUUGUCUGCAUAUGUUGUCUAUAAGGCAGAGCACAUAUGGUCCACUUGGACAGAAGGUGGUCCACCAAACACUCGAUAUAAUCGCAGCAAGAGUGGAUGGUUCGAUAUUGUUACUUUCAGUGACUGGUUUGAGACAGUGUUCGUUCCACAUGUGAAGAACAUUCCUGGGAAAAAAGUCUUGAUAGGUGACAACCUGAGCAGCCAUUUCAGCGAACGUGUUCUGAAGCUGGCACAAGAAAAUGACAUCGCCUUCACCUGUUUACCAGCAAAUGGUACUCACCUGCUGCAACCUCUGGAUAUUGCAUUUUAUGGCCCAUUGAAGCGGUACUGGAGAAAUGUGCUGGACUUUUGGAAGUCAUCAUCAAAAAAGAAAUCCCAAACACUCAGUAAAGAUCAGUUUCCACGAUUACUUACCAAACUGUAUGAGAAACUAUACUCUAGUGUGGCUGAUACUAGUAAUAAUUUGACUGCAGGGUUAAGAAAAUGUGGAAUAUACCCUCUGAAUCCUACCAUGGUAAUGGCAAGACUACCUGAUGGAAUUUGUGACCAGUCUACAGAAAAGGAACUUGCACCCAAUGCAGUUGUGUCAGAGGCAGUCGUCAGCAUGCUCAAGGAAAUGAGAGGAGUUGAUGAGCCAGUGAGAAGACAGAGGAAAAGAAGAAUUAAUGUUGUGCCAGGAAAAAGUAUCUCUGCAUUUGACCUAUUAUUAGCAAGUAGUUCUACCCAACAGCAACAAAGCCAGAAGAGUAUUGUAGAGGAAGAUGACAAUGGUACAAGCAGCGAUGAAGAUGUGUGUGCAUUACAAUAAAAUAGUGAACACAAUCAUAGUGAACAUGAAGAUGAUGAGCAUGAGUAUGGGAUGGAAAUUUUGAAUGGUUCCUCAGACCAUGUUCUAGUAGAAGAGGCUUUUUGUUUGGUCAAGUUUCAAGUGAAGAAAUCCGUAAAACAUUAUGUUGGUAAGAUUAUAAAUGUGUCUCAAGAUAAUGUUGGAUCAACAUGUGAUGUAAAGUUUCUUCGGCACAGUCAUAAAAUGGCACUGAAGUUUUAUUGGCCCAAUGUAGCUGAUGAAGGAACAGUUUGCAAGGAAGACAUAGUGAGGUCAUUGAGUGCUCCAAGGGUUGAUAGACGAGGAUUUCUAAUUUUCAGUGAGAAUGAGCUAGAUUUGUAUCUAAAAACACUUCAUUAGAUGCAGUUAUGUGAUUUCAAACUCUGCAAAGUUGAAAUUUCUGGACUAAGAUAAUCUGAUAUAAAAAUAAGUAGUUUCUAAAAAUUUACAAACAAAAUUUGUGUGUUGUUGUGCUUUAAAUUUAAUGUUAUGACAUAAAAAACAUAAUUUAUUAAUUUACUUAGUUUGUGAAACCUAGCAGGUGUUCAAAGUUGAUUGUUAGCAAUAUUAGUUUGAAUGCCAGUAUAAAAUAAUGGUUGUUCAAUGUUACCCCAAUUGCAGGGAAACAUUGAACACUGCAUUUUUAUUUAAUUUUAAUAGUAAUUUUUUUUUAUCUGACCAACUAAACUAUGGUAUCAUUUUGGCUUCAUGGUCCUCCUAUUUUGGUGAAAAAAAUUUCAAUUAAUACAUUGUAAAUAUAAAUUAUAUUUAAUAAAAAAGUCAAAAAGUGUUCAAAGUAUCCCCAG